AUGUCAUCAUUAAACACAGAAUGUAAAAUAAGAUCACCUGAAGUGGAGGCUGCUUUAGAUGCAAGGAUAGCUGUUAUUAGAAGACGAAAUAAGGCUAUUGAGGAAAGAAUUAAAAUUGUUACAGCUGAUAAGGCUACUGCUCUUGGUGUUCCAAUUGAAAAAUUAGUUGUUAAAGAUUGUUUAAAUAAAGAAGAUGAAGGAAAUAAUGAUAUUGAAAAUGUUAAUGAUAAUAAAAAUAUUACAAAUGGGGGUGAUAUUAAAAAAUCUUGUAGAAAUAAUGAGACACAUUGGAAUAGAGAAUGGGAUGCUGGUAAGACGAAAGCUGAGGAUUGGAUUACAAAUGUUCCACCAAUUGAUGAAUCAACAUGUUUCAUGAUGAGGCAAAAAGAAAUGGAAUCUGGUAAGAAGGGAAGAAAAGUAAGCCAUAGAAAUAGUCAUGGAUCCCUAACAAUUAAUAGUGAGGAAAAAAAAGAAGGUGAAGAAAAAAGUUCUGGUAGUUCAAAAGAAAAUAAUAGUCGGGUCAAUAACAAAAAGCCUACCGUCAACAGGGUAAAAAAUAACAUCAAAGAUAAUAGUAAAGGAUUAGAAAAUAAUAACUUACCGGUAACAUUUAAUGGACCAUUGGCUUCAAGAAUAUCAAGAAUUCCAACCAAUGAUAUUAAUAAUAAAAAAAUAGGUAUGAAUAAUAAUUUUAAUACAAAAACUAAUAAAACUUUUGUAACACGGAAACAUCAAAAGCGUAAUUAG